UAGUUGACUCAAUUUAGUCGCAUUUGAGGAUUAAACAGGCGAUCCUCCAAGCUCAACGCUUGCAUUGAAUGUCCCAAGUGAAUCAGUCUGGUAUCUGAUCGAUACAUAAAAACAAUGUCCUGGUUCAGAUCGGCGAUGAACAAAGCCGCGGAGGUUGGGACUAAAAACAACCUCACGCGCACCGUGAAAAACUACGCAGACACCGUCGUCCAACAUGCCGGCCACGCCGUCGCCGAGGGCGCCAAAAUCCUCCAGGAUCGUAUUACAAAUAGGAACUUCAAAAGCUUUAAACAGGCCGUUAAAAGAUUGGAAGAUGCAUCUGUUUCCUGUAGGGGAACAGAGCGAGUUCAGUUAAUGAAGAGAUGGUUAGCAGUGUUAAAAGAGAUCGAAAAGGCAUCUGAAGACCCCAUUGAUGAUAAGGAGAAAAAUAAUGAGGAGAACUCUCCAUCAGAGGAACCAAAAGGAAGCCCAAGAAAACAAUCUCUAGUGUUGUAUUAUGACUCGGAGAUGGGUGGCGAACCAAUGAAUUUUCGGGAUGUUUUCCUUUACAGUCAAGCUUUGGAGGGCAUAUCUAUAUGUAUGAUUCUUGAAGCACCAAAUGAAGAAGAAGUUUCUCUCCUACUUGAAAUGUUUGGACUUUGUCUUACUGGAGGAAGAGAAGUUCACAAUGCAAUAGUCAGCAGUAUACAGGAUCUUUCAAAAGCAUUUUCAGGCUAUGAAGAUGAAGUACUGGCAAAGAGAGAGGAACUUCUCCAAUUUGCUGAAGGAGCAAUCACAGGGCUGAAAGUUAAUGCUGAUCUUGGAAGAAUUGAUGCUGAGGUCUCAAUGCUCAAGAAGAGGCUGGUUGAUAUAAGAGAAAAGAAGGGAUAUGUUGGCGAAGUUCAUGAAAAGAAUUCCAAAGAAUCUGCCCCCACCAUAGAGGCUCUGAAGGAAGCACUUGUACUUAUCCGAGUCUGCUCAAAAUUGGAAGAACUUCUACUGAAGAAGAAAACUCUUAAAUACGGGGACUCCCCUGAAAUUCAUGCUCAAAAGGUUGACAAGUUGAAAGUCUUAUCUGAAUCUCUAGUCAGUUCGAGCUCAAAAGCUGAAAAGAAGAUCUCUGAUCAUAGAGUUCAGAAAGAGGAAACUUUAAGAUUUCGUGGUGCCAAGACCUCUGAAGCCAGUGAACUGGAAAAGGAAAUAACAGCUGAGAUUUCAGCACUAGAGAAACAGAGAGAUGAACUUGAAGCUCAAUUGAAACAGGUGAAUAUCUCCUUGGCUGCAGCUAAUGGGCGCCUUCACAACGUUAGAGAAGAGAGAGACCAGUUUUAUGAUGCUAAUGACCAGAUUGUUGCACAUCUGAAAACUAAGGAAGAUGAGCUAUCAAAGACCAUUAGCUCAUGUAGAGUGGAAGCAGAUGUUCUUAGCGCAUGGAUCAAUUUUUUGGAAGACACAUGGGCUCUUCAAUGCUCUUAUAUGGAUAUUAAAAACAAGUUGGAAAAUGAUGAACUGGAACGGCAUGAAGACUAUUUUUUGAAGUUGGUCAUUGAACUCCUUUCUGCUUAUGAGAGAGAAUUAAAGCCAAAUAUUGAUCGGAUUGCGAAGUAUGUGGAGAAUUUGAGGAAUUUUGACAAAGGUAAUACACAUAGCUCAGUGGUUGCAUCUGAUGUGGAGCAUGAUGAUUCUAACACAAUUAACCCGAGAAAUAAUCUUGAGGAGGAAUACCUUGAAUAUGAAGCCAAGAUUAUAACCACCUUCAGUGUGGUGGAUAACAUGAAGGAGCAGUACUAUUCCCACCAAGAAAAAAUCUCCAGGAAAGAUGAUUCUGUGGUGAAGGAACUUCUUGAAAAAAUUGAAAUGUUGAGAGCGGAAUUUGAUUCAAUUGAGAGACCAAAUCUUGAAAUGGAGACACCAGCCCCAUCUGGCGAAAGGCCAAAAGAAAGCGCGACAAAUCCUGGGACUGGAAUUGCUGAAAAGGAGCAAAGUGAAGGACCAGCAACUGAAGAUCAGAAGAAAGAACCAUCAGCUCCCAAGUCUGAGGAGAUUCGAGAUCAUAACGUGGAAUUGGCUGAAUUGGAGGCUGAAUUGGGUCAGGUCAAUAGGGAGAGCCACUCAAAUGAACAAUUGGCAGAAGAGGUUGGUGACUGGGAAUUUGAAGAACUAGAAAGAGAGUUAAGAAAUGAGGAAUCUGCAGCCCACAAAUAGAAAAGUUUAACAAUUCAAACAACUUUUUUAUACAAACUCAAAUGAACAAUUGGCAGUUAUUACAUAUGUUUGGUGGGAUAAAUGACAUUCUUAGGCCCAAGGUUAUUGAAAACACUUGGCCUGGGAAUUGCUUCUUUGUAUUCUAAAAUGCAUUAACGCUUCUUAAAUUCGAAUGUAAAUACUCAAAUUUACAACAAUUUCUCUUAGAUAUAGAAAUGUUUAAAUACCAAAUUUUGUGUUCAGCUAUGUUGAUAAAUUGGUAGUUUUUGUUUCUUUAUAUUGCAAAU